AUGGAUCGCGAAGACGAAGUCGAAAUGCUCCGGGCAUACUCGCAAUCUCCGCGAUCAGGCAGCCGAACUCCCCGUAACACCACUCAGAACCAAGCACCUCAAGAGACAAUCAAGCAGUUCUGGGAUCAGUUCAAUACCAGGUACCCAGGAAAGAUUUUCACUAUCUUGCCCGACAAUCCUUACGCUCGCAGUAAAGCUGCACAACAACCGACUGGCGUCAUCCAGAGCUCGGAGGCCGUUGGAUCCUAUGAGCAGGCCAGGAAGGAAUGCGAGAUAGCUGUCGAGCGCAUUGUCAGAGAAUGCGAACGUAUCAAUCAGAAGUAUAGUGAUCCGCAUUUCGAUAUCGAAUUCGAUCUGAAAACUGGAAAGAGGAAUUGCCUAGAUGGCCUGGCUGAGGAGAAUAUGGAAAUGCGACCCAGAGGUGUCAAGAGGGUGACGGAUAUCUUCGAGCAUCCUCAAUUCUAUAUCAACGGCCCGACAGCAGGUGACGUGCGCCAGGGGCGCGACGGGGACUGUUGGCUUAUGGCUGCAUUGUGUACUCUGGGAAAUAAAGAAGGGUUGAUUGACCGGUUAUGCGUUGCUCAGAACGAGAAAGUUGGUGUAUACGGCUUUGUGUUUUAUCGAGAUGGCGAAUGGCAACAAUGUAUAAUUGAUGAUAAACUCUACCUCCGCGCAGCCGAUUACGAUGAAUCAAUCGAAGAAAGACCGAUAUGGGACGAUAUCAAUCGGAAGGAUACAGAGGAGGAAUAUCGCAAGGUGUGGCAAACGGGCUCCCGAGCAUUGUAUUUCGCACAGUGCUCGGACGAAAAUGAGACAUGGCUUCCAUUGCUGGAGAAAGCAUACGCCAAAGCCCAUGGAGACUAUACCGCUAUUGAGGGUGGUUUCGUCGGAGAAGCAAUAGAGGAUCUUACUGGCGGAGUAACUUCAGAGAUCUUAUCGACUAAUAUUCUGGACAAAGAUAAGUUCUGGAAGGAAGAGUUGAUGAAUGUUAACAAGCAAUUCCUUUUCGGCUGCGCUACUGGUAUAUUUUCAAAUUGGUUAGACCCGAAGUACCGUGGACCACCGAGAGAGCGAAAAGGUAUAUCUGAAGGACACUCGUACUCUAUCAUGGAGGCAAAGGAAAUCAAUGGAGUAAGGCUACUUCGCCUGAGAAAUCCCUGGGGAAAGAAAGAAUGGAGCGGCGCAUGGAGUGACGGUUCUGAGGAGUGGACUCCAGAGUGGAUGAAUUUACUUAAUCACAAGUUUGGCAACGAUGGAGUAUUCUGGAUCUCCUACGACGACCUUCUCAAGAAGUACCAGCACUUGGACCGGACACGCCUUUUUGGACCCGAAUGGACAGUUACCCAGCAAUGGAUGAGUCUGAACGUGCCGUGGUCAGCAGACUAUCACCACGAGAAGUUUGUGAUUGAAAUCUCACGUACCAGCCCAGUAGUCGUUGUGCUGUCUCAGCUUGAUACCCGGUACUUUAGAGGGCUCGAAGGCGAAUACGACUUUACGCUGCAGUUUCGAUUGCAAAAGGAAGGCGAGGAAGACUACAUUGUUCGCAGCAGCACCAACUACAUGAUGUCUCGAUCAGUGAACACAGAUAUCACUCUAGACGCUGGCAAAUACUGCGUGUUAGUGAAAGUUACGGCUUAUCGACGCAAAAACGUGGCCAGUCCUGAAGAGGUUGUGCGGGUUACUGCAUCGCGUCGACGGGAAAAAUUGGUUCAGAUAGGUCUUUCAUACGACCUGGCUCAUACAAAAGGCCUUACAUUAGAAACAGAAGCUGAAAAAAGAGAACGUGAGGAACGUGAGGAACGACAACGGUUUCUUGAUCGACAGAAGCUUCGUGAGCAGAUCAUGAAGAAAUUACAGCAACAGCAUAUUCGAGAGAAGAAGAUACGAGCAAGAAGAGAGAGGAUGAUGAGACGUGAACGACUACGGGAAGCUUUGGAAGAGGAGAGAGCCUUGCACGCUGAGUCCGCGGACGACGCAGAAGAGGAUUUUAUUCCCGAGAUUCGAAACGGACAUGAAGAUCUUUACCAGCCUAAUUGGACACAUCAUGAGAACGAACUACAAUCCGCGCCAACAACGAGAAAAGCCCGCGUAUCAAGCCGACCUCCCCGCCCAAAUCUCAAAACAAGCUUCCCCAAAUCAAAUGCUGCUCGCUACCAAGAGACAAUGGAAUUACUACAAGACUUUGAAUUUGAUUCUGACCUCGACAUGCCACCCGAAAACUCCCCUACGCAUUCAUCUGCAUCCUUUCCAGGACCUCCACCUAGAGCCGGAGGAGGCGGAGGAGAUGGAAGCAUCGACCCAUGGAAUGCAGUCUGUAUCGUUGGUUUGAAGGUAUUCUCCAAAGACCCCGAGUUGAAAUUACAAGUUGUGCGACCGGGGUGUAAUGAUGGUGAAGCGCCGUUGGAUCGUGAUGAUCCGGCUGUCUCUGCGACGUUUGAGAAGAGAACUUCGUGGCUUACCUAG